AAAAGUGCAGAAGAAAAAAAUUUUGCGAGUUUGAAACCGUUCGAAUCUUCGAAAAAGGAUAUAAUAAAUAAUAAUAAAAAAAUAAAACACCGAAAUUCGAUGAGUUAGAUUCGUCCCUCAACUAGAUAUUUAAUUCAAUGUCUAUUUCAAUAAAUUCAGAAGACUGCGUCUACACAAGCUGUUAUUGCGAGGAGAAUGUAUGGCAUGUAUGCAAAUAUGUGAAAGAAAAUCACCCUGGACUUCUUGACAAGUGUGUUGCUGUAUUCAUUUCAAAUGAAAAGCAAACCAUCCCGUUGUGGAGUCAAAAGCAGAGCACUGAUGAGAAAGGGCUAGUUAUCUGGGAUUAUCAUGUGAUAUUCAUUUACCACGCCAAAGAAAAUUACUUUGAUGUUUAUGAUUUAGAUACUACAUUACCGUUUCCCUGUUCAUUUGAAGAGUACAAAACUAAAGCUUUGGGCCUAGAUCAUGAUCUGCAAACUCAAUUUCAAAGAUAUUUUAGAGUCAUACCAGCUGAGCAAUACCUAACAAGAUUUGCUUCUGACAGAUCACACAUGAUUAAGGAUGCCAAAUGGUUGAAACCUCCCCCAAAUUAUCCCCCAAUUUUUACUGCCACAUCCGCAAAUAAUUUAAAUGAUUUUAUAAGUAUGAGUAGUCGAGAAGUUCCCGGUCAAAUUUUCAAUUAUCGGGAUUUUGUCUCGAAAUUCUCUUGAAAUUUGACAAAAUACAAAAAAAUAUAUUAUCUUCAGCGCUUGGCCGCUUGCGCAUUAUUCACACGCGUUUAUAGCAGACGAAAAGAUGUCAGAAACUCACGUUCGUUGUCGAAAAUGUCGAACAAAAUUGAUUUUACCUGAAGAAAAAGAUUGCCUGACAACUUGUCAUGGACCUUCUGAUUCUCAGGGAGAGGAUAAUUCAGAGUGUCUCUUGGAUAAGUCAAUAUUAUAUGUUAAGGAUGAGAAACUGCCAGUCUGGCUUGAAACCCUAGUUCAGACAUCUUCCUGGACCAAGGGUAAAAUUGUUUGCCCUUCUUGUGAUGCCAGGCUUGGUACCUUUGAUUUCCUAUCUGGACAGAAGUGUCAGUGCCAACUCCAUGUCCUACCUCCUGUCCGAUUGACAAGCAGUAAGGUGGAUCAGCUGAAAUCAUGAUAUGAAAAUGUUGUUAUGUGAUAUUUUUGUAUGAAUUCAUUCAUGUUCCCUGGCAAUUGAACCAUAAAUAAAUCUGAAAGAAUCCCCAAACUGAAAAA